GAGCACAUGAAAUAUGCCUUGUCUGUCGGGACGAUCGAAGAUCCUGGUGUCCCGACGCACUGCAUUUACAGUCAUAACGUGCGCACCUUUUCCCACCUCACUUUCCCCGGGGCCUUCGCAGAGAUCGGAGCUUCGGUCGAAAUCGGAGAUGGCGACGGGACGGUCCAUUCUGACAGCUUGUCCGUGUGCGAGCGUUGGAAGAGCACGGUCAAGGUCUACAAACUGCCAGGUGUGCCUCACGAAGGCAUGAUGACCGUCGGGCAAGUCCAUGAUGUCAUUGUGGGGGUAGCCAAGGAUGACGCAGCGCUCGACGCGUGGACGUCACCAGCUUUUGUGGACUUGGAUGUGCCGCGAGACGGAAUGACCAAUGCGACUAUCCUGGAUGAUUGGCAGGCCAGGCUGCUCGUGGCGAAAGAGGACGCCUAGCAGUCUCACCCCGGAUAACCCAAGACCAAUCCGCCGCCCCGCCGGUGCCGCCGCGGUCGAUGCCGGCGCUCCUCCGAGAUCUCGCCUUCGUCGCCGUGACAUCCGCAUGCUGCGGACACCGCCGCCCGUACUCUCUUCUCCUUCCUACCCUUUGGCCGGGGGCGUGCAUUCGCUCUCCACUAGUUGGCCGCGGAGGUGGCCGCGCGUACUCUCGCGUUCUCGGCUCCCACGCUCUGGUCGCGCCGUGGACUCUCGGCCUGUCUGGCCUGGUCUCUCUCCGGGCACUGGGCUCUGCGUGGUCUGCGGGGCGGCAAGACAUGGCUAGAUAUCAUGUGGCGGGCAGCCUACGGUAGGCCCCACGUGAUCGGAGGUAGAAAAAAACUGGUCAUGUUCC